AUGCCCCGUAGACGGGCCGCCAUUGCGUGCAAGCUCUGUCGGAAGCGGAAACGGAAGUGUGAUGGAAAACUACCAAGAUGUACCAAUUGUGAUAAUAUGCAAGUGGAUUGCACCUAUCAGGAGCAAGCUCAGCCAAGAGUUGAUCAAUCAAAACGACUGGAAAGGAUUGAGGCAUUACUUCAAGCACAUUCCGACACCAUCGCAGAGCUGUCAAAACACCGGCAGCCGGAAGGGUCUGAUGUUAGUUCCGACGGAGUAUAUUCCAGCGAGCAUCAAAGUUCACCGUCAUUAAACCACAAUGCGAUUUCUGAUGAGCAACUCACUGCUGCACCCUCGGAAAUCAUGUUGCCCGUUGAAGCAGAGGCUAGACCCACUCUCGACAACAGUCUCACUCUUCCGCUAUUCACCAUUCCUUUCGGUCACCAAACAACAACAAGCAGUCUUCUCGUCCUCCCACAGGUUCGCAAACUAGCAGGCAACUUUCCAUCUGAUAUCUUCUUCCGAGUAGAGGCUAGUCGGCUAUUUCCAGGAGAUAUGUUGUUCUCAAUGGGGUCAUCAAAUCGGUAUGAAUUACCAUUUCUUGAUCGCACAAUCACAGACAGACUUCUGGAACAAUACUUUACAUUGGUUCAUAUAUACCACCCGAUUCUCGAGCGAGAUGUGCUUAUGGACCACUAUCAUAAUGCGUUAGACCGAGGUCUUCAACUAGAUGAGGAGUCUGCGUUGUGUCUGGUUGCGUUGGCGCUUGGAGCCAUCGCCUCAGAGCCUAGGCAGCAGGAUGGAGAGGACAAACACGAAGCGCCAGGUUUCAUGUACUUUCAACCAGCUCUCAGCAUAUUUUUCGCAACAUGGGCAAACUCCUUUGGCAAUAAUAUUGUGUUGGCUCAGGGGCUGGUGCUAUCUGCUUUGUACCUCCUCUAUUUGAUGAGACCCCUGCAAGGAUGGCGUCUUAUCCAUAUGGCUUCAACGAACAUUCAGCAGACUUUAAUUCGCGAGAAAGCAUUAUUCGGAUUUGUUGGUCCUGCUUUCUCGUCGAAUGUGACAACUUGGCAGAGUUCGAUCAUCCAAGGAGCGGAAUUGAACCACUAG